AUGGUCGUUAUUGUGUCGGAUUACCUUGGGGGAGAGAGUUUUCCAGAGACUGGAGACUCCAUCAAUGGUCUUUUGACCGUACGAGAUCAGAGUGGCUUAAGAAGAGUAAAAACGAAAAUCACCGAACGAGAUGAUUCUUAUGCAUUCCGGUACCCGAUUUUAUUACCUUCUAAGCAUUAUAUUGUUGACUGUUUAAUUAGAGAUUACCAUUUAAAGCAUUCUCAUGCCGGCGUACAAGCAUUAACUGUUAUAAUUAGAGAAGAAUUCUGGAUCAUUGGUGCAAGACGCCGAAUUAGAUCGGUGGUGAAACAGUGCGUCCGUUGUAAACGAUUUUCAGCAAAACCUCCAACUACUGCACCCAUUCAAUUACCAUUAGACAGAGUUCGAGAUGCUUUCGCAUUUGAAGUUACCGGCAUAGAUUUAUGUGGCCCUCUGAUUCUCAAAAAUAAAAACAAAACCUGGGUAGUACUGUUUACGUGUGCUGUAUAUAGAUGUGUACAUUUGGAACUAGUGACAUCCGUAAGUACCGAAUGCUUCAUUCAAGCGUUUCGUCGGUUCAUAGCCAGAAGAGGUCGGCCAUCUACAGUUUAUUCAGACAACGGCACAAAUUUCGUCGGUACAUCUGCAUUGCUGAAAAAGGUUGACUGGGUAAAGGUAAUUGCUCAGGAAACUUUGCAUCCCAUCACUUGGAAGUUCAUUCCGCCCACUGCUGCUUGGUGGGGCGGAUGGUGGGAGCGUCUAAUCCGCACAGCCAAGAAUUUGAUUGUGAGAGUCUUAGGACAAGCUGCAGUCAAUUACGAAGAGUUACUCACCGUCAUCUGUGAUGUGGAAGCCGUAAUAAACUGUCGACCACUUACUUAUGUGUCAAAUGACUCUGAGGAUCUUCUACCAUUAACGCCUUCCAUGUUCUUACAGGACAUUAAGGUUUCAGGUACAGCAGAUUUGGAUGCUUUAGAUCGAAAUAAACUCUUGGCUCGUCAGCGUUUCUGCCAGGAACUUCGAGAACAAUUUCGUAGCCGUUUCCGCAAGGAGUACCUUGGACAGUUAGUACAAAAGCAUGGACAGACGGACUGUGAAUUAAAAGUUGGAGACAUCGUGCUAAUAGGUUGUGAGAACCUUAAAAGAGUGAACUGGCCAAUUGCUCGUGUCCAAGAACUUUGUACAAGCAGAGAUGGACGUGUAAGUGUAAGAGUUGUAAAAGUGAAAACUAGAAAUGGCAUACUGAUUCGUCCUGUACGUAAACUGUACCCUCUAGAAGUGUGUUCCUGUACUAAGGAUACCAUUAUUUGA